AUGGAUAAGAUAAAACGGUGGUUUUCUCGAGAUGAUGAUGAACAAGGAAUAUUAACAGACGUCGAAAAUGGUUGUUCUCUGAGCUGGAGUACACGUAUAAAAGCCUUUAUAAUUUGUUUAGUAGUUGGUAUCGUGAUGUCACUAAUGGGAUCCUUAUGUUUGUGGUUACCUGGGGCAGGUAUCACACUCUUUGCAUUGUUUUAUACGUUAGGUAAUAUAUGUUCUCUGGGAAGCACGAUUUUUCUUAUGGGACCUGUAAAUCAGUUAAAGCGUAUGUUUCAGGAGACAAGAGUUUUUGCAGCAGUAAUCAUGCUGGUAUGUUUGGUUCUCACAAUCGUUUUCGCAGUAAUGGGACUUCGUCUCCUCUGCCUAAUAUUUUGCAUUCUCCAGUCUUUGGCGUUGACAUGGUAUUCACUCUCGUACAUCCCAUACGCUAGGGAUGCAGUCAAACGAUUAUGUUCUUCAUGUAUUGGAUGA